AUGGGAUCAGACGUCAAAGAUCGCCAGAUCGGCCGAACCGUGCAACCGAAGAUCGGAGUCAAAGAGGAAUACGAUGAAACACCAGAUAAGAUCGCGAUGCCAAAGACGGAAUAUAACCCAACGAAGAUCGCGUCCAGGGAGAAGGAGACGACGGGUGAAGCGCGGGAGCUGUUCAAGAUAUUAAGGCCCAAGUUGAUUGAUCCUCUGGAUAAGCCGAUAUCGGUCCCACUUCACGGGACCAACAAAGUCGACGAGAUCAAUGUGAUUUUGCAGAUGUUGGACGACAUGGGUGUCUGCCCUGACGCUUUUGAUGGAGAUGAACUGCUGAGUUGCAGCUUGGAACGGUUGAAGAACGCGGCGAAUGAGUUUGUGGAGAUCAUGAUAGUGCUGGUGAGCAAAGCGAAUACUCCUGAAGACAAGAUCGGGACACCCUCGGGCUCGCUCUGUAAACACCCCGCGGGAUCGCCCCGCUACGCCUCGGACGACUCCGAGAGCGAGUCAGAUGGAUCCAUCAGCAUUUGUCGGAUGUCUCUAGGACCAUCGGGUGGAAGGUUCUUAAAGGACAAGAUCGGAUAA